AAAAAUAUCAAAAACUAAAUAAAUAUAUCAUAUGAGAGAACCAUAUAUUUAUUAUUUGACCUAAAAUUUUUGCUAAAUCAUAAAAACAACUCAAAUUUCAGAACAAAAAACACUCAAAAUCAUAAAAAAUGAAACAAAAAAAAAAAAAUAUAGAAAAAAAAAUCAGAAAAAACAGAAAUAUCAAAAAAGACAGCUUAAAAGUAAUAAGAAGUAGAAAAUUCUCAAAAAAAGAAAAAAAAUAUAUAAAAAAAACACAAAAACAAAACAAUUUAUCUAUUUCUGAAACAAUAUCUACAUCUGGAAACAAAGAAAUUAACAAAUUCGUUGAAAAAAUAGAUAAAAAUACACAACUUACAAGAUUACAGCAAAAAAUGAAAUCAAAAUUAUCAGGAGGAAAAUUUCGUUUAAUUAAUGAACAUUUAUAUAAUAUUACAAGUAAAGAAGCAAUGGAAUUCUUCAAAGAAAACCCAGAAAUGUAUGAAGAGUAUCAUAUAGGUUUCCAAAACCAAAUAUCAUCUUGGCCAAAGAAUCCAACCGAUUUAAUAAUUGAAGAUUUAUCUGAAUUUAUAAAUGAAUCCAGAAAAAUGAUUCUCAAGGUGGCGGAUUUAGGAUGUGGAGAUGCAAAAAUAGCAAGAACAAUGAAAGAUAUAUCAAAUAUUAAAGUAUAUAGUUAUGAUCUAGUGUCUCGAAACUCAUUUGUUACUAAAUGUGAUAUAUCUAACCUGCCGCUUAAAAGCUCAACAAUUGAUAUAGCUAUUUUUUGUUUAAGUCUUAUGGGAACAAAUUACAUCGACUUUUUAAAAGAAGCAUGGAGAAUUUUGAAAAUGAACGGAAAACUAUGGAUUGUUGAAAUUAAAUCUCGAUUUAUGGAUAAUGAAGGAACAGCUUUUUGCACAGCACUAUCAUCACUUGGAUUUUCAUUUGUAAAAAAAGAAACUUCAAAUAAAAUGUUUAUAUAUUUAUAUUUUAAAAAAACUAAUAAACUUAAUGAAAAGAAUUUUGGCAUAUUACUCAAAUCAUGUAUAUAUAAACGGCGCUAA